GAACAUGUAAUUGUUAUACCAUUUUUUUUGUUUUCUGGUGGAUGGGAGGAGAUAAAAGAGAAUUGGAAUCGCAAUAGGGAGCAUUCUUCUAUUCUCUGGAAAUCACGUAACAUGUCCUUACAGAAUCGAGUUAAAUUUCAUUCAUUCACUCACCAUAACCCCAAUACAUUUCCUCACGCGAAACAAAAAUUUCCACCCUCUUCUACCUUUUAUGCUCAUUGUGCGUCAACUUCUGAGCAAACGCCCGGCUUUAGACGUCAGGUUCGUCAGGUUUUGACUACUAAAAUUCUCCAAACCGAACUUGUCAAAGGAGAAUCGACAAAUAAAGAGUUUCACCUCGUAGAGGAUGACAUCCCAUCUACACUGCCUUCGCUCUUCCAGCCCAUCAAGGUUCAUCGAAAAGUUUACGAUCGCAAUAACACAGCAAUCCUUAACCAGACGGUGGAACACUUUUAUAAUGUCUUGAAGAAGAUUUCUUCCUCGCACGCAAUUGAAUCGGCAAGAAUAUGGAUGAAAGAUUAUGAACAAUAUCGACGACAGGUUCUUAGUGAGGUUGAGAAUGAAAAUGACAGUGUAGGUAAUAAGACCUCGAAGGGUGAUCUUGUUCGUAAUUUUUACAGUUGUCUAAGAUGUGAAAGAGAGCAAAGCGAAAUUUAA